ACGGGGACGUGAAGGCCGUGCCGGGCCCAAGGGGCAAAGAGAGGGGAGUCAAGGGCGGGCCUGACGCCUCUUCUGACUUCCGGGAGGUAGAGGGGCGACCCGCGACGGUAAACUCUGCUUCCCCCAGGCCACCUGAAGCCUUUUUCCGUAAGUCACUUCUAAUUCCCUGACCCUAAACCAAAAGCCUUAACUGCCCUUACUGGUUUCUCGCCUGUUUUGGGUCACGAACUUCUUCCAGAGCCUGAUGCAAACUACGAUUGCUUUCGCCGAGGACUACCAACGCGGUUGACAACCAAGUUCUGCGUCAAAUUUUAAGAGGGAAUAUCAUUUACCAGUGAGUUUGUUUUGUUGAGGAGUCGUAUGCUAAAAUACAAGAGAAUAUUUAUCAAUUUGAUAAGUGAAAAUGCUGUAAAGACAUUGUCAAAGGGUAGGAUUUAGCCUCUUCAUACCUCUGAACCAAUGAAGAGAAAAUGGGAAGCAAAACUGAAGCAAAUUGAAGAACGAGCAUCCCAUUAUGAGAGAAAACCGUUGUCCUUAGUGUACAGACCCAGGUUGUCCAAGCCAGAAGAACCAUCCUCUGUUUGGAAACUAUUUCAUCGGCAAACUGAAGCUUUUAAUUUUGUUAAAAACUGUAAAGAGGAUGUUCAUGUAUUUGCUUUGGAAUACAAAGUGGGCGAUGGACAGCGUAUUUACCUCGUAACAACCUAUGUUCAAUUUUGGUUUUAUUAUAAGUCCCGAAAAAAUCUCUUACACUGUUAUGAAGUCAUUCCUGAAAAUGCCGUGUGCAAGCUCUAUUUUGAUUUGGAAUUUAACAAACUUGCCAAUCCAGAAGCUGAUGGGAAAAUGAUGGUUGCGUUACUCAUUGAGCAUGUUUGUAAAGCACUUCAAGAGUUAUACAGAGUUAAUUGUUCAGCCGAAGAUGUUUUCAACCUGGAUUCUAGCACUGAUGAAAAAUUUAGCCGCCAUUUGAUAUUUCAGCUCCAUGAUGUAGCAUUUAAAGAUAACAUUCAUGUUGGCAAUUUUGUGAAAAAAAUUUUGCAGCCUGCUUCACAUUUAAUUGCCGGUGAAAGUGACGAUGGGAUUCCAGAGACGAGAGUUUCUCAUUUUUCUGAAAUACCAGUUAAACAAGGAAUUUCCUUCAGCAAAAUGUCCACAGGUAAUGAUAGAGGAGAGAGCUGGACCUUGAAUUCAAAGAAACUGGAGAGGCUGGGAUCAGCUAAGCAAAGUGAUCCUGAUCUUUCAUUUUUAGUUGUGAAGAAUACCAUAGGAAAAAAGCACCUGUUUGUAGAUUUAGGAGUUUAUACAAGAAAUAGAAACUUUCGCCUGUAUAAAUCAUCAAAAAUAGGAAAGCCCGUGGCUUUGGAGGUUGCCGAAGAUAACAAAUUUUCUCUUACACAGUCAGAUAUUUCUGAAGAAAAUCAGUAUUUCCUCUCUUCUUUGAUCAGCAAUGUCAGAUUCUCAGAUACUUUACGAAUUCUUACAUGUGACACAUCCCAGGAGAAUAAGCAAAAACAAGUUGAGUACUUCAGUAGUACCAGCACUUCAGUUGAAAACAUUGAAGGUUUUCAGGGUUCACCAUACCCUGAAAUUGAUGAAUUCGUUCUUUCCUUGGUGAAUAAAAAUGGCAUUAAAGGAGGAAUUCGGCAUUGGAACUACUUUUUUCCAGAAGAAUUAUUGGUUUAUGACAUUUGUAAAUAUCGCUGGUGUGGAAACAUUGGAAGAGCCCACAAGAGUAAUAAUAUCAUGAUUUUGGUUGAUCUAAAAAAUGAAGUUUGGUAUCAAAAAUGUCAUGACCCUGUAUGUAAAGCAGAAAACUUCAAAUCUAACCGUUUUCCAUUACCUGCUGAAGUAUGUCUCCUGUCUCUUCUCAAAGAGGAAGAAGAGUUUACAACAGAUGAAACGAUAAAUAAUGAAACCAAGAAUCCACAUAAGCCAUCAUCUAGUAUGUUGUCAAAAGGUGUAUUUUCUGAUCCUGACUGGGAUAAUGGCAUUGAUGAUGCUUAUUUUUUGGAAGCGAUUGAAGAUGCUGAAUUAGCAGAUGCUGCAGAGAAUAAUCUGCUCAGUUAUAAUGGAGUGGAUGAAAUUCCUGAUGAACUAAUUAUAGAAGUAUUACAAGAAUAGCUAAUUAACUGUGGACAUUUAUAUAACCAAGCUGUAAUUUGCCUGAAGAUACAUUUAAUAACACAUUUUAGUAACUUAUAUUAAUUAAAUUAUCUCUUUGCUUCCCAA